AUGGUAUCGAAUAAUUGCACAUUUUUAAAUGAUCACCAAGAGGGUGAUUACAGAAUGAAUAAAAGACAGACAGAAACUAAAGAUUUUAUAAUAUUUGGUAAAUUCUAUGAAUUUAAAGCUGAGUAUAAUAUUGUUGUAGAAACAGAUAUUUGGACAUUCAAUUUGUUAAAAAAAUAUACUAAUAAAAAAAAUAUUAGUGUCGAAAUUAUUAAUAUAAUUGAUUUUUCAACCUAUAUUGUUUUGAUUCCUGUCACGAAAGAUAUAGUUGAAAUACUGAACAUAAAUAACCUACUGAAAAUUCAUCUUUCUAAACCGUUAUGUCAAGAGAUUUUACCAUUCCCAAAUGAUUACAUUGUUUCAAACGAUGAUAAACUCAUCACCUUUCUAAUAGAAGAUACUUCACAAUUAUACGAAAUUCUAUUACAUUAUAAUUCAUAUUUCUUUGACGACCAGUUAAUUAAUCCACACAUUUUCAAUCAAGUGGGGCUUACAGAUGACAAAGUAGUCAGUAAAACGUGCAUUUCACAGAGACCAGACACUACUUUGAGUAAAACAUUCGACGGCAAUGGGAUCAACGACACACCUAACAGCAGUCCUGAAAUAUCUUCACUCGAAUUAUAUCUUAACAAAUUACAAAUAUCCUAUCUGAUUGGCAAAGAAGGUUAUUGGAUUAAUUUUAUAAGAGAAUCAACAGAGGCUAUAAUUAAAAUAUUACCUAUUCCCAAGAAACUAAGUUUACGGCAAAUAAAUUCACCACGAUCGGUAUUUCAAACAAUUGUCAUUACAGGUACCUUAUUUGAAAUAACAAACGCAGUUAUCCUAAUAGAAUCCACCUUAACAAAUAUGGGAUAUUCAAGGAUAUGA